UGCUUAGUUUUGUCGUUUCGCGUCAAUGAAGAGGUCCAGUGUUUUUCUCUGUAGAAAAUACGCUUUACGGUGAUGCUUUUAGCUGUUGUUCUGUUUUCUCACUAAUUAUUUUUAAAAUUUACAAGUAAACCGCCGCCCCGGCGCACGAUAGCGCGCAUAGCUACUUCCUUGUCUCCUGCAUAUAAUUAAGCUUGCUUCAAAAUCUUUCUCGGGAAGGUUCGUCCUGUGAAAAAAAGAAAGAGAAAAAGAACAAUAAAGUAUUUGGCUGGAUCGUCGAAACGUAAUCGAGGUUUAUCAAUUCUGCUUUCCUUGUUGCUGUACACCAAUAAUUGAUUGGAUGCUGCAGCCUCUUCGCACGGCUUGCUGCUUUUUGGGCAUGUGGGGACGACAGCGUGAGGCAAACUCAAUGUACAAACGAAUGCCGUCAAGAGAUUAUACAAAUAUAGUUGAUGUAGAAGAUAAUUCAGCUCUUGUACAGAAUGAUCAGGAUCCAGAAGCUUCGAAUCCUUCAUGGAGGCUUUCUUUUCCACAUAUACUGGUGGCAACCAUAACAUCCUUCUUAUUUGGCUACCAUAUUGGUGUUGUAAAUGAACCACUUGAAAGCAUCUCAUUGGAUCUUGGAUUCAAUGGAAAUACCUUGGCAGAAGGCCUGGUGGUUAGCACAUGUUUGGGUGGUGCCUUAAUUGGAUCCCUGUUUAGUGGAUGGAUUGCGGAUGGGUUUGGGCGCCGUCGGGCUUUUCAGUUGUGUGCUUUGCCCAUGGUUAUUGGUGCUUCUGUAAGUGCAACAGCAACAACUUUGGCUGGUAUGCUUUUUGGAAGGUUAUUAGUAGGGAUCGGACUGGGUGUUGGUCCCCCUGUAGCAUCUCUUUAUGUGACAGAGGUUUCUCCUGCUUUUAUAAGGGGCACUUAUGGAAGCUGCAUCCAGAUUGCAAACUGUAUUGGACUUAUGGGGGCUCUGUUCAUUGGAAUCCCUGUCGGAGAAAUUGCAGGCUGGUGGCGCAUCUGUUUCUGGGUAUCUGCAAUUCCUGCUGGAAUACUUGCACUUGCCAUGGGGUUCUGUGCAGAGUCUCCACAUUGGCUAUACAAGCAAGGAAGAAGCACUGAAGCUGAAAUUGAAUUUGAGAAGCUUUUAGGCGGAGCACAUGUCAAAUUUGCAAUGCACGAGUUAUCCAAAUUAGACAGAGGGGAUGACACAGACACUGUGAAGCUCUCCGAAUUGUUUUAUGGUCGCCAUUUUAGAGUUGUUUUUAUUGGAUCAACCCUAUUUGCUUUACAACAGCUAUCUGGUAUAAAUGCUGUGUUUUAUUUCUCUUCAACUGUGUUUAAAAGUGCGGGAGUACCUUCAGACCUAGCAAAUGUCUUUGUCGGACUUGCAAAUCUAUCAGCAUCUGUUGCCGCAAUGGUGUUGAUGGAUAAACUAGGAAGGAAAGUGUUGCUUCUGGGGAGCUUCUUUGGAAUGGCGGUAUCCAUGGGCUUUCAAGUUGCUGGAGCAAGUUCUUAUGUGUCAGGAUCUGGAGCUUUGUACCUGUCUGUUGGUGGCAUGCUUAUGUUUGUCUUCACAUUUGCUUUAGGAGCUGGUCCAGUUCCAGGUCUACUCCUACCAGAGAUUUUCCCCAGUCGAAUCAGGGCAAAAGCUAUGGCAAUCUGUAUGUCAGUGCACUGGGUGAUCAAUUUCUUUGUUGGCCUGCUAUUUUUGCCAUUGCUGGAGCAACUUGGACCACAGCUCUUGUACACUAUAUUUGCCACAUUUUGCAUGAUUGCGGUAGCUUUUGUGAAAAGGAAUGUUAUGGAAACGAAAGGAAAAUCACUCCAAGAAAUCGAGAUAGCUCUUCUCCCCCAAGAAUAGAGAUUUCUUCUCUUUUGAAUAUGUCCCUUGGCGAAUUAUACACCGGGGGAAUGAAGUUUGUGGAAAGCGUUCAUAUGCAGCAUCCCAGGGGAAGAAACUGGCUUAGAGCAGCUUUAAGCAUCAAUCUCAAUUGCAGAACAUCUUCAUAUGCUGAGGAAUCAGAAAGUAGAGUAAGAAUGAUAAGCUUGAGCAGUGGCUUGUUUGUGAUCAACUCUGUUGAGCAGCCGAGUGCUUUUUAUGGAGUUCUACUGGACAGGCAUUCACUCAUGUAGGCAAAUAUAUAGAAAUUGGGUUUUUGAUCCACGACUAGGUACCCUCCUUGAAUUUAUACCACGGACUUCUAAUAAAUUUUCCUUUCUUAUUCCCAA